CAGACGCCCUCCCAGUGGGUGUCGUCUGAGGAGAGGCCCCAUCGUACGAUCGAUAGCGGCUCGCUGGUUUCAUUCCGCGACGUGUCCGGCGCAGGCCUGCUCAGUAAUGCGGCCGGUGGGGCGGGUGACAGGCGCCCGGCAGCAGUGGAAUCCCGUCGAGCUCGGCUCGAAUCUAGAUUCCAGACAUCGUGAUCCCCUUGGGUAAUGCAGAGGACGGGCACUCUACUAUUUAGCCCGCACCUCCCGUCGUGCUCUGGCUGUCUGGCUCAGUCGUGAAAUCCUAUCAUCAGUCGAUACAACAACUACUCUCACUACCAAACUCACGACGACCAAACAAUAUACAACAAGACAACCACCAUCUUCCUCUCAUCACACCAGCUCUCCCCGGUCUCCACACCAGCUGCACUCCAGCCUCUAGCCCGGCACUAUUAUAAACAACAAGAAGUACACCUAUACACCACCAAAAAAGAAAAAAACAAAUCCCACCCAUGGCUUCCCCGUACUCCCCCAUGCAGAUCGCCGCCGUCCCGGCCGCAGCUGCCAUCAUGGACGCCACCCCCAACGCCGCCCCGCGCACCCAGGCCCAGGCCGCGCUCGCCCAGCUCGCAGAGGACUUUGCCGUCCUCGAGGACUCGGACCCCGUCAGCGCCCUGGAGGUCGCCCGCACCCCGAUGCGCCGCCGCGGCGGCACCCUGCGCCCGGGCAACUUCGAGUACCCGUCCUUCCGACAGGGCCGCAUGCCCGGCGCCGUCUGCGGCUGAACGUCAGGGACCGCAACUGUUGCUUGGCCACCAAGAGCUUUUCAUAUGUUGGUCGGUGGCCAUGGGAGAAUUACGAAUACUAUGGGUGCCGCGUCGAGCAAGAGAUAGAGAGAGAGUCAGAUCAUCCCGCCCGAGGGCGAGGGAGGCUCCGAAUACCCAGGCUCGAUGCUGAAUCAUCCAGCCGGACGUGAGAAUGCUCCGUCUGUUGCUGCUUCAUCACGAAACAUGGCAAGCAAUCACUUCAUCGCCGUAUGGACGAGCUUGGCCAAUGAGAGACGAAAAACCCGCCCGCCGUCGAUUGCUGGGCCUCCAGCUUCAAGAGAAGAGAGAACCCCGGGACUCAACACCGCGGGGCCAGACUACGACUGAGCAAAUUCGGGAGUUGCUCGGGGCAUUGCCACAAGGGGCGAUUGUCCAAUGAAUCCGGGGAGGAGGGGAAGGCAAUUGCAUUCAAUUGCGUGGAUUUUAGACAAAUACAAUUAGAUGACAGAAAGUGUGACACCACACCAACAAAUCAUACAACAUGAUACAACCAUUGAACCAUCUCACUUCAGACCCAAUUGUCAUAGAGCUGCUUGUCAGGCUUCCAAGGUUGUGUGAUCUCGAAUGGCCACACUACACCUAUCACCAGCACACCUGUAAGAAAAACUGGGCUCUAUGCUGAUCCGGAGCUUCCCCAGCUGGAACCCUUCAUCUCGACAGCAAGGGCCCUCCUUUGAACUCCCCUAUGUACCUCGCAAUUGAUCAGCCCUCCUGCCACCUGAUCAUGUUAGAUCUAUCCCUGGGUUUCCCUCAGCCUUCGCCUGCAGUUAAUGCGAGGGGACAAAUUGUUCUGUGAGAGGCCGGCCGUGCGGGCAAACCGCCCCGGGUGAGCUCCCCCCGCCUCGACGAUCACCUAUACAGUCGAAUAAUGCGCGUUCUUGGCCUGCUGCAUGAGUGUCCCCUGUUGAUCCUGUGCGUUUACCUCGGUAUGUAAGCUUCCUGCUGUUACACUGCCACGCUCUUGUGGGCUGUUGAGCUCGUUGGCAGAAGGCGAGGCCGCGUAAUUGUCGACCCAGGUUUCCAGACUGAUCUCCCCUCCGGCCUCUGCCCUCGUGUUGCAACUGGAGUGGGGUUAUUUAUUACUCUUUAGACCGAGGUUGUGUCACCAUGCUACUACUGUUGCUUCUGCU